AUGGAAAUAUUGUCAAGUGUUCCCCUAGACUUUCUGCGAGAUAAUUCGCAGUGUCAGAAGCGGAUAUGUAUCAUUGGAGCGGGAGCCGGAGGUCUUGCUGCUCUGAAAGUCAUAUCAGAGUCUGCUUACUUCAAGUCAGGGAAAUGGUCAGUCAUCGCGUAUGAGACCCGGGAAAAGGUUGGAGGAGUGUGGUUACCUUCACCGCCGGUUGUUGACGAAUACAACGCUCCCGUGACGCCUCUUUACGAUUCAUUGACCACGAACUUGCCUCAUCCUAUCAUGGCAUACACCAGCUAUUCCUUUCCGCCAGAGACUCCUUUGUUUCCGUCAGCACAUGUGGUGCAAACGUAUCUCGAAUUGUAUACUGCAUACUUCAAUCUUACGUCCCUCGUCAAGUUCAACACCACGGUAUUAGAUGCACGAUGGGAUUCAACACAAUGGAUAGUAACCCUUUCGGAUGGCGCACAAUUUGCAUAUGACCACUUGAUCGUCGCAAAUGGACAUUAUCACUUACCCCGCAUACCAGAAGUGCCAGGAUUGGCAGAUUGGAUGAAGCGCGGUAGAGCCUCUCACUCUGCAUGGUACAGAAAACCUGAUUUUCUUGGGGAAAAAAUACUUGUUGUUGGAGGCGGAUCCAGUGGCCAGGACAUCGCUGCUGAGAUGUGCACAGUUUCCUCGGUAGUUAUUCAUGCUGCCACGGUCCAUAGUGCAACAAAGAAUGACCCGGGAAACUUCAUCCGUAGAGGUCGGCUUAUCGAACUCAAGGCUAACGGACAAGUAAUUUUUGACGACGGCACGACGGAAGAUAGUAUCGACCACUGUAUUCUGGCAACCGGAUUCCUUAUGCAUUUCCCCUUCUUGGAGAGAGCAUCCAUGAUCAACAACAACAUACCACCGGACUUCCCUCCCUUAGUUCCCGGCAAGCUUUUUAACUCAACCUACCACGUGUUUCCCCUUGCAAAGCAGUUAUUUCCGCUUCAAUCUCAAUGCCCUAUCUCGUCCAUCGUCUUCAUGGGCCUCCUCAUAAGGGUCGCGCCGUUUCCACUUAUGGAAGCUCAAGCGCAUGCGAUUGUGCGGGCGUUUUCUGAUCCUUCAUCUCUUGAUCCUAUCGCAGAAACGGUCGAUAUCAUCACUCACGCUGAUAAACUUAAACGCGCUGGUGUUUCAACACCUCUAGACAUUGCCAAAGCCUGGCUCCGAUACGACAGGGAAGACCAAUGGAAUUAUCGAGACGCGAUGUAUCAAUUUGCGCAGGGCAUGGGGUCUGGGACUCCGCCCAUAAAAGUCACAGAGUGGGAGAAAGAAUUGUACGAUCUGAAAGUGGAACUAAGGUCAGCAUGGGAGGAUUUAGAGAAGUCAGGAGACUCGGUUGAGUGGUUGAGAGACGUCGGGAAGAAUGGGGUGCAGGAUUGGGUGGAGUUGAUGUAUCGUGUGGCAGAUUAUGCCAGGACUCGAAAGAACUCGUUGGGGAGAUUGUGA